GUCAGGCACUGUUGCAAAUCUAAUGGAAAGUCCUGUUUCAUCUGCGCAGAUCCAUGCCGGUUGCUGGGGAGUGACGGUGAUGUCAUUAGUGAGCUUUGUAGAGCCCCAUCCGCCCGGAGAAGAGCAAGAUGCUGGACGGAGACCGGACCAACAACAUGUCCUGCAAUUGACGGAGGAUCAGGAACGAUCAAAUGAGAAGGAGAUGGACGACACGUUAAAUGCUGAGGGUGAAGUGAAUAAAGAUGAACAUCAGAAGGAGAACAAGGAGGUAUGGAGAAAAGGGGCCACUCAGAAGAUACACAGACGUCGUUUGAAACAGCCGGAUGGAACCCUGGCAGCGAGUGUCUCAUUUGUUGAGCGGGACAGACACAGGCGUCUUGAAGAGCCCCGAGGUCCUGGACCCUUCUUCUUUUUUGGAGGGAACAAUGGGGCCUCCAUAGUUGUUUCAUAUUGUGAGAGUCGAGGCUGGCAGCGUAUAUAUGAUAAGAACAGACUGGACUACAAACUGAAGUGGUGUGAAACCAAGUCACCUGCUACCUACUACAACUUCAAAACAGGUGGCCAGUUGCUUUACCAGAUACCCAAUAAUAAAGUCCUGACCACUAAGAUAGGUCUGCUGAACAGCCUACGAGAGUAUGAGAGAGUCAGUAGCAAAGUCAACUAUGGGCGUGUAAACAGGAGAAUGAAGAUAGAGGAUUUUUUCCCUGUCACUUACCGUAUGGAUGUGAAAGAUGAGAGAGAUGUCUUCUUUAAUGGUGUAUGCAAUGACAAAGGCAGCAUGUGGAUCUGCAAGCCAACAGGCCUUAACCAGGGACGUGGUAUAUUUUUAAUGAGGACACCAGAAGAAAUAGCAGCAUUCAGAGAAAGACUGCAGGGCACAAUGGAACAACAGACAAACAAGAGGUCACCUCUCAGUUUACCACAAGCACGGAUUGUUCAACAGUAUAUCCUGAAGCCCUUGCUACUUCAGGGGAGGAAAUUUGAUGUGCGGUCGUACUUUCUGAUUGCUUGUACUUCACCAUACGUGGUGUUUUUUCGCCAUGGUUACGUCCGAUUGACAUGUAACCAUUACGACCCCAAUUCAGACAACAUCACAGCUCACCUUACCAAUCAAUACAUGCAGAAAAAGAAUCCUCUCUACAGUCUACUAAAGGAAGAGACGGUGUGGUCAAUGGAGCACUUUAAUACCUACAUCAAUGAGACAUACAUGGUGCCUAAGGGUCUGCCUAAAGAUUGGGCUCUGGGUCCUUUUGCUAAAAGGAUGGAGCAAAUUAUUAUGCACUGUUUUCAGGCUGUAAAACCAAAACUGGACUGCAGACUCGGUUUCUUUGACCUAUUUGGUUGUGACUUCUUGAUUGAUGAGAAUUUCAAGAUCUGGUUGCUAGAGAUGAACUCUAACCCUGCCCUGCAUACUAACUGUGAAGUAUUGAAAGAAGUUAUUCCCAGCACAGUCACCGAGACCCUCGACCUGGCUUUGGAAAUCUUCAAGAAGUGUUGCUGUGGGCAGAAGCUGUUGCCCUUAAACAAUCAACGAGACUUUGUAUUGCUGUAUGAUGCAACACCAGCAUGGAAAUCAACCAAUAUGGGCGGCAAGUGUCCCAUUAGUGGUAUCACGACAGAACCUCCAGCCAAACGUCUUGCAACUUCUACUGUGUCUGUUUGGUCCAAUACCAGCCCACUUUCACAACAGCCCAUAGAGUUACCAUACAGACCUUUAGGUGGAGCUGCCGUGACGAAGAAGGCUCGGAUCCCCAGAACUCAAGAAACGAAUCAGCUCCGACCCCACCAGCCCAAACCUGCUCGUGCUCGUGUGGAGCUGCACCUCAGCAAGUGCACCUGGCACGAGCCAGUGACUUCCAACCUCAAUGUUCCUCCACACGUGCUGCCUGUGAGAAGUGCUAUCAGGUCUCUGUCUACACCAUCCCUCAGCAAAGCCUCUACACAAGGAGUUGGAGCUCAAAGCAUGCUGAUAGACAACAGGGACCAUAUAAGCUGCAACCUGAAGACAUCCAAAAUUCAUUUUGCUCAUGUGGACAAAAGGGAGCCCAAAGAAAAGGAUGGAUGAUGAAAAGAUGACAAACUGAGAUUCUGACCAGGUUUUCGCAGAAGACUCUACAUCUGACCUACAGUAACCCACCCUCUGCUUAUGACUAAUAUGCUGUUCCUCAUCAACAUCAUUGUUUCGAUAAAUUGCCACAUGGUGUUUUGAAAGUAGGCUUUUUUAAGAUCCCUUUUCGAUGUUUACAUUUUUAUUUACGCAAUAAGGUCUGUGGGUUCUGGCUAUUGUCAAUGCUGCGUUGGAGACAAACCUCUUGUCAAACGCAAUGGCACAUUAAAAAGCACCAAAAUGCAAAAGAGUAAUUGAAUUCAUGUAUUAAAAGUAGAGAGCAGACUUUGUUUCAUAUCAUUUCGUCUUGUGGUAAAAAAAGAAGUACAUUUUAUGUUCUCACAUAUGUUAGCGCCUCGCCAAUCUGUACUUGAAGCAUCUUGCGUGAGGUCAUUGAUCUUGAGGUCUUGCUGUCGCCGUGUUUAUCGAUUUGAUAGCCGAGCUAAGAGGUCAGAUGUCCAACUUCAUACAGACUUAUUUUCGAAUUUGAAGUCUUGCAAUAGUCACGGCUAAAUGCUGGAAUACACUACAAGACUUAAGCUCAGAUUUUGCCCAGAUUUUCAGUCUGGACUUGUUGCAGAAAGUCUUCGCUAGUCUGCAGGUUUUAUUGCAUAUUGUGUGAUGCCCUGUUUUUCUCUGCAAACUUUCAAAAAGUCUGCAAGUGUGUGAUGUCUAGUUUUUUUCGUCUGUUCAGAUUUUAAAAGUUGUGUAGUGUAUUCCAGCCGUAAGGCGCAGAGUGUCUGCACACAUUUCAGUUAUGACUGAAUUCACAAUAGUGAAAAGAAUGUCUGAUUUAGGGCUGUCACCAUAUCCAAAUUUUUUAAGGAAUACUGUCGGUCAGAUUCAUCUUUAACAAUAGAAAAGUUAAUGGAUUCAAUAGUUGAAAUGCGAAUCUACUGGUAUGUGAUGGAUUAAACCGGUGGGGUGUUAUCUGCCAUAUUAAUCCUAUUGGAAUAAUUCCCAAAGCUAUAAAGCUAUCAACCACAUCUCUGGCAACAUUCAAAAAACUACUUAAACCCCAUCUCUUCUGUGAAUAUUUGACAAAAAAAGAAUAAUAAUAAUAACCCUUUUUCUCUCAACAGGUUUUUGUUGAAAGCAGUAACUUUGUAUUGGCACCUAUUGUAUCAUUGCUCCUGUAUGACAUAUCGCGUAUUGCUCCCUUAACUCUUUGAAAGUCACUUUUGAUAAAAGCAUCUGCUAAAUGACUAAAUGUUAUGAAAA